AUGAACAAGAUCCGCCAAGUCAAAGAGCUCAACAAGCGCGAGCUUGAAGCGGGCAUCACCCCCGAAGCCUCAUGGCAUGCCGACUACAGAGACACAGCAUUCAUCUACAUCGGCGGCCUCCCAUACGACGUCUCCGAAGGCGACAUCGUCACCAUCUUCUCGCAGUACGGCGAGCCCGUCUACGUCAACCUCGUGCGCGACAAGGAGACGGGCAAGAGCAAGGGCUUUGCUUUCCUCAAGUACGAGGACCAACGCAGCUGCGACCUGGCCGUGGACAACAUGAGCGGCGCGCAGAUAAUGGGGCGCGUGGUAAGCGUCGAUCACACGCGGUACAAGAAAAAGGAGGGGGAGGAGCUGCGGGAUAACACGUACGGAGCGCCUGAGGAGGAGGAGGAGGGUGCGGUGGCGAAGGCGGUGGAGACGGAAAGUGAGGACGAGGAGGAGAGCAGGCCGGUGUUGAAGGAGGAGAGGGAGUUGGCCGAGCUGCUGAGAAAUCAUGACGAUGAUGAUCCGAUGAAGGCGUAUUUGAUCAAGGAGAAGAAGGAGGAGGUUGAGGAGGCUGUGAGGGAGUGGAAGGCGAAGAAUGGCGGCGGCAAGAAGGAGAAAGAUGAGAAGAGGAAGCACAGGCAUCACAGGUCACGCAGGGAUAGGGAUGAGGAUGGUGAGGAGAGGGUGCAUCGCAGGAGACGUCGCCGGACCCGCUCACCGUCGGAAGAAAAGUCGAGGAGCAAAGAGCGCAGGCGGCGUGACCGCUCAGAAGACCGAGAUCGGAAGUCUAAGAGGCGCGAUGGCUCCGAGGAUAGAGAUCGUAAGAGUAGGCGGCGGGACGACGCAGAGGAUGACGAACGAAGGAGCAAACGUAGGGAUGAUGGCCAGGACAGGCGGGAUCGCCGUCGCGACUAUUCAAGGGACAGAGAGCGGAAAAGCAGACGCCGUGCCGACUCGGAAGACGACUAUAGGCGGCGUGACCGAUCAAGGGAUGCAGAUGUGAGACAAAGUGACAGGAAGCGGGGGUCGCCGUCCUGA